AUGUCAGCUCUCAAGAAGAUCAUCCGGCGAGCCAAAAGGAAGAGAAGACAGCACCACCAGCACCAGGAACAGGGGAUGGCGAUGGAUCAUCAAGAGGGGAUUAGCACCACAAAAGGUGAUGAUGUUCAUAAAGUAGUAGAAGGGGAAGAAGAGAUUAGUGUUGUUAAUCAUGGGAUUAAGAAGAAGAUCAACAAAGAGGUUAGUUACAAGCUGUCGUCGUUUUGGGAGCUGCCAGAGUACAUGAAGGACAACGAGUUCAUAUUGGGUUACUACAGAGCCAAUUGGCCUCUCAAGGAGGCACUCUUCAGCAUCUGCCGAUGGCAUAAUGAGACGCUGAAUGUUUGGACGCAUUUGAUUGGGUUUUUGCUGUUUUUGGGGUUGACCAUGGCGAAUUUGGUGAAAGUGCCUCAAGUCGCGGAUCUCUUCGGCUUGUUUACCAGCUCAGUUCUCACGAGCACAGAGAGAAAUGCCUCCCAUGAUUCGAAUUAUCAGUUAUUGGGCACAAUAGACCUAAAGCAAAUCUCCCAACAAUCAAUCCACCGCCACCUCGCCGCCGCCGCCGACGGGACCCCAGCCGCCCGGUGGCCGUUCUACGUCUUCCUCGCCGGCUCCAUGUUCUGCCUCCUCUCCUCCACCAUCUGCCACCUCUUCUCCUGCCACUCCCACCACCUCAACCUCACCCUCCUCCGCAUCGACUACGUCGGCAUCGCCGUCAUGAUCAUCACCUCCUUCUUCCCAAACAUCUACUACGUCUUCCAGUGCGAGCCCCACUGGCAAUUCGCCUACCUCGGCGGCAUCACCGUCAUGGGGAUCUUCACCAUCGCCACUCUUUUAACCCCUUCCCACUCCGCCGGAAAAUUCAGGGGACUCCGGGCAAUGCUCUUCACCUCCAUGGGCCUGUUCGGACUGGUCCCGUCGGUCCACGCCGGGUUGGUCAAUUGGUCGAACCCGAAGCGCGACGCCAUCUUGUACUAUGAGGGCGCGAUGGCGCUGUCGUACCUGAUGGGGACGGCGUUCUACGUGGCACGGGUGCCCGAGCGGUUCAGACCCGGGUGGUUCGAUCUGGCGGGCCACAGCCACCAGAUCUUCCACGUGCUGGUGGUGCUCGGCGCGCUGGCGCAUUAUGGCGCCGCGCUCGUGUUCUUGGAGUAUCGUGACCAAGUGGGUUGCUAG